CCUAGCGCCACAGCCGCCGCCGCCGCCGCUGCUAACGGCGGCCGCCUCCGCCUGUUGUCUUUGCAGAGCGCCAAGAUGGAGUACGAGUGGAAGCCCGACGAGCAGGGGCUCCAGCAGAUCCUGCAGCUGCUCAAGGAGUCGCAGUCCCCGGACACCACCACGCAGAGAGCCGUGCAACAAAAACUGGAACAACUCAAUCAGUAUCCAGACUUCAACAACUACCUGAUCUUUGUUCUUACAAAGCUAAAAUCUGAAGAUGAACCAACGCGGUCAUUGAGUGGUCUCAUCUUGAAGAAUAACGUGAAAGCUCACUUUCACAAUUUUCCUAAUGGAGUAACUGACUUCAUUAAAAGCGAAUGCUUAAACAAUAUUGGUGACUCCUCUCCACUAAUCAGAGCCACUGUAGGUAUCCUGAUUACAACCAUUGCCUCAAAAGGAGAAUUGCAGAAUUGGCCUGAACUCUUACCAAAGCUUUGUAGCCUGCUGGAUUCGGAGGAUUAUAAUACUUGUGAGGGUGCAUUUGGAGCUCUUCAGAAGAUUUGUGAAGAUUCUGCUGAAAUCUUAGAUAGUGAUGCAUUAGAUCGACCUCUCAAUAUCAUGAUCCCUAAGUUUUUACAGUUCUUCAAGCACAGCAGUCCAAAAAUAAGGUCCCAUGCAGUUGCUUGUGUCAAUCAAUUUAUCAUCAGUAGGACUCAAGCCCUUAUGUUGCACAUUGAUGCAUUUAUUGAGAAUUUGUUUGCAUUGGCUGGUGAUGAGGAGCCUGAAGUGCGUAAAAAUGUGUGUCGGGCUCUGGUGAUGCUUUUGGAAGUUCGAAUGGACCGCUUACUUCCUCAUAUGAUUAGUAUUGUUGAGUAUAUGCUACAAAGGACUCAGGACCAAGAUGAAAAUGUGGCUUUGGAGGCUUGUGAAUUUUGGUUGACGUUGGCUGAACAGCCGAUUUGUAAAGAUGUAUUAUGUCGGCAUCUUAGCAAGUUGAUACCUGUUUUAGUAAAUGGCAUGAAAUACUCAGAAAUAGAUAUCAUUCUAUUGAAGGGAGAUGUUGAAGAAGAUGAAGCUAUCCCGGAUAGUGAACAAGACAUAAGGCCCCGGUUUCACCGUUCACGGACAGUAGCUCAGCAGCAUGAAGAAGAUGGUAUUGAAGAGGAUGAUGAUGAUGACGAUGAGCUUGAUGACGAUGACACUAUUUCUGACUGGAAUUUAAGAAAGUGUUCAGCUGCUGCUCUUGAUGUCCUUGCCAAUGUAUUCCGUGAUGAACUGCUGCCACACAUUUUGCCUCUUCUAAAAGAAUUGCUUUUUCAUCCAGAGUGGGUGGUGAAAGAAUCAGGCAUCCUAGUUCUAGGAGCGAUUGCUGAAGGCUGCAUGCAGGGUAUGAUUCCAUAUCUUCCCGAACUAAUCCCUCACCUUAUUCAGUGCCUCUCUGAUAAAAAGGCUCUUGUGCGCUCCAUUACUUGCUGGACUCUUAGCCGCUAUGCACACUGGGUAGUCAGUCAACCCCCAGACACGUACUUGAAGCCAUUAAUGACUGAGUUGCUAAAGCGUAUCCUUGAUAGCAACAAGAGAGUACAAGAAGCUGCCUGCAGUGCCUUUGCUACUUUAGAAGAGGAGGCUUGUACAGAACUUGUUCCUUACCUUGCAUAUAUACUUGAUACUCUGGUCUUCGCGUUUAGUAAAUACCAGCAUAAGAAUCUGCUCAUUCUUUACGAUGCCAUAGGAACUUUAGCAGAUUCUGUAGGCCAUCAUCUAAACAAACCAGAAUAUAUUCAGAUGCUUAUGCCUCCACUAAUCCAGAAAUGGAACAUGUUGAAGGAUGAAGAUAAAGAUCUUUUCCCUUUAUUAGAGUGCCUAUCUUCGGUUGCCACUGCCUUGCAAUCUGGCUUCCUUCCAUACUGUGAACCAGUGUACCAGCGCUGUGUGAACCUGGUACAGAAGACUCUUGCACAAGCCAUGUUGCACAAUGCUCAACCAGACCAGUAUGAAGCUCCAGAUAAAGACUUUAUGAUUGUGGCUCUUGAUUUACUUAGUGGUUUAGCUGAAGGACUUGGAGGCAAUAUUGAACAGCUAGUGGCUCGGAGCAAUAUCCUGACACUAAUGUACCAAUGCAUGCAGGAUAAAAUGCCUGAGGUACGGCAGAGUUCUUUUGCCUUGCUAGGUGAUCUGACGAAGGCAUGUUUUCAACAUGUGAAGCCUUGCAUUGCUGAUUUCAUGCCAAUUUUGGGAACCAACCUAAACCCAGAGUUCAUUUCUGUAUGUAACAAUGCCACGUGGGCAAUUGGAGAAAUUUCUAUUCAGAUGGGUAUAGAGAUGCAGCCUUAUAUUCCUAUGGUCUUGCACCAGCUUGUAGAAAUCAUUAACAGACCCAACACACCAAAGACUUUGUUAGAAAACACAGCAAUAACAAUUGGUCGUCUUGGUUACGUUUGUCCUCAAGAGGUGGCCCCCAUGCUACAGCAGUUUAUAAGACCCUGGUGCACCUCUCUCCGAAAUAUAAGGGACAAUGAAGAAAAAGAUUCAGCAUUCCGUGGAAUUUGUACCAUGAUUACUGUCAAUCCUAGUGGAGUAGUCCAAGACUUUAUAUUUUUUUGUGAUGCUGUUGCAUCAUGGAUUAGCCCAAAAGAUGACCUCCGGGACAUGUUCUGUAAGAUCCUUCAUGGAUUUAAAAAUCAAGUUGGAGAUGAAAAUUGGAGGCGUUUCUCUGACCAGUUUCCUGUUCCCUUAAAAGAGCGCCUUGCAGCUUACUAUGGAGUUUAAUCUCAUGUAUUUAAGCUGCAGUACCAUAAUUAGAGGUCCUUCAGUCUGGAAGACUGGGAGGGAGCCUCUGCACCCAGGGAAAAAAAUGUUACCCUUUACUGGGGGGAAGGGUAAACCAGUAGGGAAUACAGUACAAUCCCAAGCCUACUGGGAGGGGCGGGAGGGAGGUGUUGCCGUCACUGUAUUAAGCCGAUGUUGGGAAAUGUUUUAACAUCUGGAGCUUUUGUGGGUGGAAAUCUGUCUCCUGUUACAACUCUGCACUGGAUGUGAAGAAGCGCAAAAAAAAAAAAAAAGUCUAUUCACAACAGCACAUUCUGCAAUAUUAUGGGGAACUGUACCAAAAUGAAAAAUAUAAAAUUGAACCAUAGGGGAUAUGUAAACAGGAAAUAUAUUGUGUUCAUGUGAUAAAGGAAACCGAAGAAUGGGUAUUACAGACAUUAAAGGGUGUCGUAACAAGGGGUUUCUGCAUUGUUUCAUCUUGAUGGGAUUCCUAGGUAUUGCAUGUUAAUGAAGAACUAAACAAAUGAAGUUAGUACAGUUAAAAUGAAGCUUGCUACCUGUAUUAGGAGCAAGCACUUGCAGUUUACAAAUUUAAAUAACCCCAUAAUAAAGUAAUAAAGGUUAAUGUGAACAAAAUGAAGCAACCUGCAGGAUACCAAAUGAGUCACUCCUUUUCAUUUUUUGGGGGGUGGGGGGAGGGGCAUUUCAGAAGAAAGGUGAAUCUUUUUAAUUUUACCUUGAAACUUAAAAGGUAGUGGAUAUGAUUUGAUGGUUGUACUUCAUUAGAUUUAAUUUCUAGAGUAAGGCAUAAUUCUUAACGUGCAGUUUAAGGUUCAGGCAUGCAUUUCGAAUCAUAGUGAUCGAGCGUAUUUUUAGUGGGAAAGUAGCAUGCUUGCAUCAAAGAGUGAGAGUGUGGUAUACAAUUACUUAUGUUGCGCCAGUUUUGUGUUGCAGUUUACCAAUUCAGUAUAGCCCUGCGUUAAAAAAUUCCUUUUAAGAUUCUGUGGAUUUUAUUUUUUAUUAAGAAUAUAAGUAUAAAAUACUGUAGUUACAAUUAGGCCUCAAAAUAUCUUUUUAGGAACUCUUAGGAAUAAGAUUGAUAUUGUAUUGUGUAACCUGCACAAUGUGGAAAGCUGAUAUAGCUGUGCAAAGUAUUGCCUCUGUGCUGUCAGUGUGAUGUGCUUUCUGCAUGGUUAUACUACUAGUGAUUUUUAUCAAAUCUUCUAAAAAUGAGUUACAUGGUAAGACCUGUUAAAGGCUACAUAAAUGUUAGUCGGCGCGUAAAGACAAUUGUAGAAAAUUGAUGACAUGAUUGCUACAUUUCAGUGUUUAUUCCCAAACAACAUAUUCUUUAUUUUUUUGUCCCACAUCCCCCACGCAAAGCAUGAUCUUAAGAGAUGCAUAAGUUAGUAGAUGUAAAGCAGGGUAUCUACACUGUAUCGGCGCAUGUUGGUGGCCCUUUGUGUCCUAGAGAAAGCACACAAGGGUGCAAGUUAAAAGCGACAGAGUGAAAGUUGAUUUGAAUCCUCUUCAUUUCAUUUGUUUAGCUUUUCUGUUUCCACCCCCUACUCACUUGUAUUCCUGUGAAUAAAUCCUUGUUAAGUUAACCCUUUA